AUGGAGAUCUCCCACCAGUACAUUAAGCAGAGGAAGGAUUUCGGCCGGCACCCCUCCUUCCGGAACGGCCCCAUUCAGGUAUUUGUGGACCAGCGACCAGACGAGGAGCUGGCCGCCCUCUGGGUUCCCGUGUCCCACGUGACGAGGGGCACCCAGUCGGGCCCCAGCAUGUCGGAACACGAGGUGAACACCGUGGUCCUCCAGACAGUCAGCCAGGCAGUGGAUGCGACCCUGGGGCGCUGGCCCAAGGACGUGGACCCCACAGACGCCCAGCAGGUCGCCAGGUUCCGCAAGAAGAUGGAGAAGGAUGAGGAUUACAUACGGUGCACGGUACGCCUGGGAGCGGUGGUGGAGGAGCUGAUCAAGGAGAACAACGCCCUCGACAUCUACGAGGAGUACUUUGCAGACGUCCCCCCCCUCGCCGAGCUGGACCCGCCCUCCAUCGCCAGCCUGGCGACGCUGCUGCCGGAGGGCGCCGGGGAGCCGGUGGUGCGCCUGAGUUGGCGCCCCGACGCCGCGGCCUGCCUGGCGGUGGCCGGCGCCUCCCGCGUCAGCCUCUGGGACCUGGACGCCGGCCCGCCACGCGUGGCCGCCGCGCUGCUCCCGCCCUCCGCGCCGCUGACGGCGCUGGCGCACAGCCCACGCGACGGCGCCACGCUGUGCGCGGGCCAGGCCAACGGUCAGCUGCUGGUGUUCGACGCUCGGCGCGGGCCGGGCGCGGCGGCCGCCACGGCGCCGGGGCGCUCCCGCCUCGCGCACCUACUCUGGACGCAGAGCAAGACGGGGAGCGAGGUCAUGGCCUGCACGGGCGAGGGCAGCGUGGAGUGCCUCUGCGUGACCCUGGGUUUUGGCGCCCGCCCUUCGGCCACGGUGCUGGAGUACAGCGCCGCUGCGGGGCCCACGCGCUUCAUGGUGGGCACGGGGCAGGGCACCAUCCUGGCGGGCAACCGGCGGGCCAAGAGCCAGGACGACAAGAUCACGGCCUCCUUCGUGGGUCACCACGGCCACAUCACCGCCCUCCAGCGCCACCCCGCCUUCCCCAAGUUCUUCCUCUCCUGCGGCGACUGGAGCGCGCGAGUGUGGAGUGAGGACGUGGGCCACGCCGUGAUGGCCACGCCGUAUGCGCCCGGGUACGUCACGGCGGGGGCCUGGAGCCCCACCCGCGCCGGCAUGGCCCUCACCCUGGACGGAGGCGGCAGGCUCGCGGCCUGGGACUGGGUGCACCGCCAGGACGCGCCAGCCCUGGAGGUGCCGGUGAGCAAGCACGGCCUCACUGCGCUAGCCUUCCCACCCGGCACGGGGCACCCCAGCCUUGUGGCGGUGGCGGCCGCCGACGGCUGCACCCACCUGCUCCAGCUCUGCGAGGGACUGGUCACGCAGGGCAGCGGCGAGAAGGCAGCCAUGGGCGCGGUCCUGGACCGUGGCAACAACCGGGAGAAGCACCUCGAGAAGGCUGCACGAGAUGCCAAGCUGAGGGGGAGGAGGGCUGUAGGGGAGGAUGUGGGCGACCAGUCACUCCCUACAGCGGCAGGCAGCGACGACAGCCUUGCGGCCAGCGAGUUCCAAGAGAUGGAAGCUGAGUACCUCCGCCUGGUUGGUGGCACCAUGGGCGUGUACACCUCCGCCCCCUCCUUCCAGUUCAAGUCUGCCGACGAGCAGCAGCACCUGCGCGGCCAGCUGCCGAGCCUGCUGCCCUCCCCGCCCAAGCGCGCUGUGCCGGGCAGGCAGCCCGCGCCCUUCGGCGCGCCGCCCCCCGACCAUGGGUCCCACCCUGGUAGCCCCUGGUCCGGGAAUCCGGGCCAGGGCUGGGCGCCGCCGUCGCGGCACCAGGAGGAUGAGCGCCAGGUGGGCGCGUGGGCGGCCCCCCUCUCGCCCUCCGCGGCAGGCGGGGAGGAGCACUGGGCGCCGCCGGGUGCGGCUCCACAGCAGUAUGUAGGGGCGAACCACUGGCCCAGGGCAGGGCAGACGGCCGAGCCCUGGGGCUCGCCCGCGGCUCCCUCUGAGGGCUUGUUCGGAAAGGAUGUCGUUCCGCAGCCCUACGACGUGGCUGGCGAGGGCGAGGAGGUGGUCGGCGCCGCCGAGGGCGAGUGGGGCGCGGCACCGCCCGGGUACAGCCCUGGCGGCUGGGCUGGGGCCGUGGGCGACACGCCGCCCAGCGCCUCCACGGAGUCCCCCAUCCGCGCGCAUUUUGCCCGGGGGCAAGGCGGCGCGGGCCCCUCCCUGCUGGGGCCCUCCGGCGCCUCCCGUAUCCCCAGGCCGGCGGGGCAGGCAAAGGGGCCCGGCGAGUCCGAGGCCAGGGCGGUGGCUGCCACGGCGCCGGCCGCGGCCGCGUCACGAAUCCCGCCGCCGCCCAGCGCCGGCUUCGCCCCGCCCCAGUGGGCUCCCCCCGACGCGCCGGCGGCCGCCCUGGUCCCUGGCAAACUGCAGCUGGCUCCACCGAUGACUGGCGAUGCGCCACAAGACGCCCCGUCCCCGGGACACGCCCCGCCUAUGGGGGCGCCGCCCGGCCUCCUCCCUCCGCCGCCGGGCCCCCUGUCUGGCCUGCAGGGCGGGUCGCCGUCGCCGGGCUCAUCCCUGGCCGCGCAGCCGGGGCCCAUGCUCUUCGCGCCGCCUGCGCCCGCGGGGGCGGCGCCAGGCGCGCCCGAGCCGGGCCUGGGCGCGCGGGGAUCCCAGGCGAGCGGCGGGCAGGGAGUAGGACGGGGGCCGACGGGAACCCCUGUGGCCAGACGUGGACGCACAGGUGGGAGGGCGAGGCGCAUCUUCACGCACCUGCUGAUCCUCACGGCGGCCGCCCUGCUGGCGCCGGAGCUGGCGGUGACCUCGCUGUCGGCCGCCGCCGGCAUCGCGCAGACCUCGGCACGCAGGCUCCGCCGCCUGGAGGCGCGUGACCUGCGCCCGCCCGCCGUGCUGCCGCUCGUGUCCGGCUGGCACCCGCGGGCAGCGGGCCGGGGCGGGGCAACCGGCCUGCUGGACGCCUGGGUGGGAGCCCUGGAUGCCGCCCGGUCGGUCCUGAGCGAGGGUGCGGCCGGGCAGGCGACGCCGUCCCCGGCCUCGCGCGCGAAGGCCGCGGCGGCGUCCGCCACGCGGCGCGCCUCGACCGCUGCGGGGAGAGCGGGCGGCGCGGUGCUCGCAGCGCGGCCAGCACUGCAGCGCUGGGCGCUCGAGCGGCCGCGGGCCGCCGCGCGGCUCGUGGCGGGCUGCGUGCGCUGGGCGCGCUGCGUGCUGGAGGACAGAGAGCGGGCCUGCGGCCAGGAGGCCUUUGGCGCAUACCUGCGGGGCGCAAAGGGCGCCGCGGAGCCGAGGAAACCCCGGAACGAUGGCACUUUAGGAGCAGGUGAGCGUGUGCCGCCGAGCCAGAGCAGCGGGGCAACCGAUGCUGCCGCCAAGCCGGAGAGGCCCGUGGGCACCGAGGCCGCCCGGGGGGCUGAGAGCAAGAGCGAGGCGCCGCCCAAGGCGGAGGCUGCAGUCGUCGAAGACCGACCAGCGUCAGGGGUGUCAGGCGGUGCUGCAUCCUCGGAGGGCACGCAGCCCCUGCCUCACAAGGAGACGCCUGCCGAGCCUGAGACCGAGGUGGCCGGUCGUGCCCAGCCCAGCAAAGCAGAUCCGCCCAGCAAGGCGGCUGCAGCAGCCGGUACAAAACCUCCCAGUGAUGGGCCGAGCCUGGAGAAAAUACCUGCUGCAACCCACGAGGCGCUUGCCAAACCCCCAGCCGCAGAGGCUUCUCCUGUCGUAGGCGCAGCCAACAAGAGUCUGCCAAUUGCAGCCAUGGAAGUCCCUUCCAAAGUGGACACGCCGGCCAAGGCUGUGCCUGCCCCGUCCAAGGAGAGUCUGUCGCUGGAGAUCACCCCCAACGCCAGUUUAGCUGCUCCGAACGCGACAACUCCGCCUCCUACCACCGUCACCUCGAACGCCGGUGUGGCAGCUUCUAACAAGACUACGCUGCCCCCUGCGAGCAGCUUGAACACUACUGUACCCACGCCAGCCAAGGAGAGCCCAACGUCGGCUGUCACCUCCAGUGCUAGCGUGGCGGCGCAGCGCAAUGACAUGCUACCUCCCGUGGUCAGACUCAAUGCCAGCGCGCCUGCCCCCGCCAAGGGGGACCCUGCGCCGAACGCCACACGCUCCGUGGAGCCGCUGGAUCCAAGCACGGCGACGCGGCCGUCGACUGCCGACCCUGACGACAAUGUGGCUUCCCCAGCCGAACAGGUCAACCCUAUGGGUGUUGAGGAGGAGGAGGCUGUGGAGCAGGCCCCAGAGGCAGAGCGGGAGGAGGAGGGGGCAACUGGGCGGCAGCCUGCUGAUGACACCGGGGACGUUGGUGCAGCUGCAGGUACAGAUGCCCCCGAAGAUGACAGUGAGGAGCCCCUGGCGAGCGCUGAGGAGGAGGACGCUCACCCUGCUGCAGCCAGCGGCGAGGAUCUGGAGGUGGCCAAGGAGGCUGAGGAGGGAGACCCUGAAGAUGCUGCGCUGGAGGACGGGGAUCACUGCGAGGAUGCUGGUGCGAAGACAGAGGAGGACACCCCCUCUGGCGACCCGUCACCGUCUGAUGAUCAGAACAAUUCGGAGCACCCUGGGAGCGAGCCAGAGCAGGCUGAGUACGAGCAAGUAAAAGCUCUGGGUGGUGGCGAGGAGGGCGAGGAGACAGCGGUCGAUAAGUUGCGCUCCUUCAAGGAGUGGCUGGGCACCCGCCUCACCUUACCGCCCCUGGACUGGACUGCAAUGGCGCAGGCCUGGGCCGCGCCGCUGCUGGCGGGGCUCAGCCUGUUGGCCCUGCUGGUCGGCACGCUGCUGUACACCUCCGCCCUCACCCGCCGCCGGGUGCAGAUGCGCGUCUCGGAGCUGGACUUCGCCGAGGCCCCGCUGACGGCCGGCCCCUCGCCAAGCGCAUCACUACCAAGAAAGGACGCCGGCGAGGACUCACCCCAAGCCUCGGGCCUCGUGGCGGCGGCCUCGGCGUCCCUGUCCACGCUGCUGACGAGCAUGCUGCGCGGAGAGGGAAAGGAUGGCGCCGACGACGAGGUGGAGAGCAGCAGCAGGGGGCGGAGGAGCAGCGGCGUGCCACGCCCUCGACGAGGCGCGCACGCAUCCGGCGCAGCAGCGGAUGAGGGGCCUGGGGGCGCGGCCGCGCCCACCCCCUCACGCCGGCGGUCCACCCGCGCGGCGGUGCCGCAGACCUCUGCCCUCAGCGACACGCCCUCUCGCAACACGCGGCACAGCCUGCGAAGCAGGACUACUCUACUUGAAAGUGAAGACGAGGACGAGGAAGUCAGCGCUGGGCAGGGCAGGGCGGCUGCCUCCAAAUCCGGCCCGCGUGCCGCCUCCCGCCUCAAGCGGGGCGCCGCGUGA